AUGUAUGCUCUCAAUGGUCUGCCUCCUACUUAUGUGUUAUCUCUUAAGGAACGCUCCAUGUUAAAAGAACAAAAACGUGGUCUUCAAACAUCUAACUAUGAUACUUCCUCUUCACCUACCGUUCUUGCUACCGAGCACAAAUCUCGAUCCACAAACUCCUCCAAUAACAUAUCUCGUAGCAUCAAUGGCUCCUGCAGUGGUGGUAGACAGAAUCGUGGCGGUGGCAGCGGUGGAAGAGGAGAUCGCUCUGGUAGAGGGGUCGUGGUCGCUCAUCUGGUCCUAAAGGCGGCACUAGUAAUUUUUUUGAGGGGCUGGGGAUCAUCGAUUCCUUGGUCUGUCUACUACCCACUUCAACGUGGCAUGCUUCUAACUCCACGAUCUCCGGCCCACUGGCCAGCAGCCCAAUGGACUAAUCAAUCCAGCUCUCAUGCGCCUUCCACUCAACUUCCUUGGAAUCAGCCUUCUCAAGCCCAGCAACAAGCUCUAUUCUGUAAUGGACAGCCCACUACCAAUUUUUCUGGCUGGCCCAAUUCUCCCUAUGCUUCGUCGAAUCAAGCUACCCUUUUACCACAUGCUUUCACCACUAUGAAUCUUCAUGAUCCGGGAACUGCAGACUGGUACAUGCACACUGGUGUCACCGCUCACCUUAACGCCGACCCAGGUAUUCUCAAGUCCUUUAGCAAUAAAUGUAAUAAUUCUAAUUUCUCAGUUUCAGUCGGUAAUGGAUCUCGCAUUCCCAUCACAGAAACAGGACUUUUUAACGAAACAAAUUCUUCUACGAUGCGAUAG